AUUUGCCCCUUUCUUUUCCAGCAACGCUGAAUGGGCUAACUCCCCUCCACCAGGCAGGCGUGUCAGGAAGUGAAGGACAUAUAGCCAACUUUUAGGACAAGUUUGCUUGGUAUUUUGUUGGGGUGACAUUGUUUCAAGGCUGAUUAAAAGCAGACGGACGUUUUAGCUACAAUGCCUGGAAAGAAAGUAUGCAUCGUCGGAUCGGGUAACUGGGGUUCGGCGAUUGCCAAGAUCGUUGGACACAAUGUGAAGGGUUCUAACAGAUUUGACCCCAUUGUGAACAUGUGGGUGUUCGAGGAGAUGAUAAACGACAGAAAGCUGACGGAGAUCAUCAAUAUGGAGCACGAAAACGUGAAAUACCUCCCGGGUCACAAGCUUCCAAAAAACGUUGUUGCAGUGCCUGAAAUUGUGGAAGCCAUGGCAGGGGCGGACUUUUUCAUCUUUGUGAUACCCCAUCAGUUCAUUGGAAAGUUAUGCGAGCAGAUGAAGCCUCACGUCAAGCCGGGGGCUAUUGGGAUUUCCCUCAUUAAAGGUAUCGACGAAGGCCCGGAGGGUCUGAAGCUCAUCUCGGAAAUCGUGCGAGAGAAGCUGGAGAUCAAGGUUUGCGUGCUGAUGGGCGCCAACAUCGCCAACGAGGUGGCAGACGAGAAGUUCUGCGAAACCACCAUCGGGGCCACAGACCUGCAGCAUGGCCAGCUCUUCAAAGAACUGCUACAAACUCCUAAUUUCAGGAUUACGGUUGUGUCCGAGAGUGACACUGUUGAACUUUGCGGUGCUCUGAAGAAUAUUGUGGCAGUGGGGGCGGGGUUCUGCGACGGCCUGGGCUUCGGGGACAACACCAAGGCGGCGGUGAUCCGUCUGGGCCUGAUGGAGAUGGUGGAGUUCGCCAAGAUCUUCUGCCGGGGCGACGUGAGCUCGGCCACCUUCCUGGAGAGCUGCGGGGUGGCGGACCUCAUCACAACCUGCUACGGGGGCCGCAACCGACGCGUGGCAGAAGCCUUCGCCAAGACCGGCAAGUCCAUCGAGGAGCUGGAGGCUGAGAUGCUGAACGGGCAGAAACUGCAGGGCCCACAGACCUCAGCCGAGGUCUACAAGCUACUCAAGAAGAGGGAGAUGACCAGCAAAUUUCCGCUGUUUGCGUCCGUGUACGAGAUCUGCUUUCAGGGACGUCCCGUGAAGGACUUCAUCACCUGUCUGCAGAACCAUCCGGAGCACAUGUGAUCCCCGCACAACGUCCCGUUCUCACUCCACCUGCACGGGCACCGGCACCUGCCUGUGUUGCAGCACAGUCUGUAAAACCCGGGUCCCGGGGAACUCUGUGCAUGCCGAUUUAUUUGCUACAGCUAAUCUCUCUCGCUCAAGGUUUUGAACAUUUGAGUACUUUCAUAAUUUCUCCUUAAACGUCUCAACACAAUGCAGGUUUGUUACAUAAUUUGCCUUGUCUUUGAAUUCUUAUCUACUAAACGGUUAGUUUUAAUGGCCAGGUGUGUCCUCACACUUUUACCAAUUAGGAGCCAAUUGAUUCACUCGAUUCAGUCUGUUAAUGUGUGCGUUUUUAUGUCAUUUGCGAUAUACAGUAGCACAAGGCAAUAUGACUUUUUCUUCAUACCAUGCUUUACCAUUUUGUACUGUGUGGCUUGAGUGGAUAUGUUUUGGGGGGGGGGGAUUAAGAAAAAUGAACAGCUUUUUAAAAUUCUGCAGCUGGCUCAAAAACCAACAUGCACAGGGAGUUUUAGAACCACUGCCCCAAGUUAACAAGAGACAAAUGCAUUAGUGAUUUUCUUUUGUUUUUUUGUUAUUUUGUGUAAGAGCUGUAUUGAAUUUUGUAAAAAAAAAAAAAAAAAAAAUAAAAAAAAAAAUCGAAAGCAUACUACUGUAAGUGAAAUUGUCAUAAAAACAUGAAUGAUACUUGAUACAACAUAUACUGUACAUUAGUCCACAAAGAAAGGCUAAUGAAACUAGGCAAGAUGAAUUCAUGUUUAUUUCUUUGUAUGGAUUUGGACCACAUACAUUGCACUAACUGUAAUACAGAAGCCCUUUGUUGACUAUUAAUAAAAUGAAUAAACCGGA